AAGAUGCGCUAAAAAAAAAAGAAGCCGUCAUCGAAAGACGACUCGACGAGUUUAGCAACAGAAGCCAUACACUGGUCGAUUCCACGCCGGAGCAAGUGAGGGAGAAGGGGAGGAGGAGGAGGCAUGGUGAUGUGGGUGUUCGGCUACGGGUCCCUGGUGUGGAACCCGGGGUUCGCCUACGACGCCCGCCUCGUCGGUUUCGUCAGGGACUACCGGCGCGUCUUCUACCAGGGUAGCACGGAUCACAGGGGCACGCCGGAGUUCCCCGGGAGGACCGUCACACUCGAGCACCAGCCCGGAGCGACAUGCUGGGGAGUUGCUUAUAAAAUUUCAAGGGAGGAAGACAAGCAGACAGCCCUGGAGUAUCUAGAAGUAAGAGAGAAGCAAUAUGAUGAGAAGGUUUACCUUGACUUGUAUACGGAUUCUUCCCCCAAAACACCUGCAGUCCAAAAUAUGAUGGUGUACUUAGCCACGACAAAUAAGGAGGCCAACGUAAACUAUCUGGGUCCUGCUUCGUUGGAAGAAAUGGCCAAGCAAAUCUACCUUGCUGUAGGACCAACUGGACCAAACAAAGAGUAUCUGUUCAAACUCGAGGAUGCGUUAAACAAAAUAGUUUUAUGUUCAUGGCAGGGGUUGUGGAUGAACAUGUUCAGGACUUGGCGAAUGCUGUGCGCGAGUAUUCAAGCACCAUGUUAUCUUAAUAAAAGAUCCCAUUCCCUCCUUCUCGUUCGGUGGUGAAAAAUUAUGAAGUUAGAAUUGAUUGUUGUGGAAACAUCUUUAUUCUGUAAGAUUUGAACAGCUUGUGAGUUCUGCAUAUAUUCAUGUCCAUCUGUAGAUGGCAAUAUAAGAUUCACACUGGAGACAUACAUAAUCGAAAUGGGAAUGAGGGAUGUUAUUUUUCAGGUCCA